UCGGAAUCACGCAACGGGGGCGCUGGCUCGAAAGUGGGCGUGUCCCUCCUCAAAUGGCAAAUCGUCUGCUAAAGAUCCAACGUAAAUAAAACUUUUCCGCCCUUCACACGUUUUUCGAUAAAAUGUCGAUCUCAAGCGGGCCGAGUCUUCAAGACGAUCUUAGCAACAUUCCUCUCGCUGACGACGACCCACAAGCCGUCAUCGAGGAUGCUGACACGACGGCCGACUUGUCCCUGGUGUCGGACGCGAUGGUCCGCGGCCGCAGCAUGGACUCGAUCCAGUCCACUUUCACAAACGGAAGCAGUUCCCCUGGCCCAAGCAGUAUGAAUCACCUUGGACUUGACCCUGACAUAAGCCCUGACGAGCAGGAGGAGAAGGCCAGACUCAUUUCCCAAGUGCUUGAGUUGCAAAACACACUGGACGAUCUUUCUCAACGCGUGGACAGUGUGAAGGAGGAGAACCUCAAACUGAGAUCGGAAAACCAAGUGCUCGGCCAGUACAUCGAGAACCUGAUGUCGGCGUCGAGCGUUUUUCAAUCCACCUCGCCCAAGAGCCGCAAGAAGUAAACGAGCUUUUGUCUAAAAAAUAUUCCUUUGGCUGGUUACCACAGUAAUUUUUUUGCUGCUCACCAUUUUGCGUCAAGAUCCAAUUUGAAAUAACAACGUUUGUGUUCUCGAUGAAGCAUUUUGUGUGUGCUGAAGUUACUUUGUGUGCUGAAGUUACUUUUAUUGCAAUCAAUCGAACGAAGAAAGUCUAGUCAGUAACUUUAAAUUUUACCGUACAACAAGAAAGAUGAAAUUUCCAAGACAUUUUGCUAUUAGAUUGCAAACUUCAGCUUUCAUUCCUAUAAGGACUGCUGGUUAUCAAAAUUAUAAGCACACGUCUUAAUUUUUUUAAUCUGUUUAAAGUAACCAACUGCAUUGCACCUAAGUAAGCCUGUGACUUUUUAACUGCCUUUAUCAUAGGUAGAAAUUAUCCUGCUUAAUGUGAAGUAACUUGUAAUUGCUACUAUAUAAGAUAUGUAAUUGUUUUAUAAUUUAAUUAAUGCAAUAAAUCAUAAAAAUUAUCUG